UUUAUCUGUGUUAUACUAUUAUUAUCCUAUUAUCUCUGCAUCGGCCUGACAUUGUGGUGAAGAAGCACUUUGUCGUUCGAAUAGCGACUCACCCUGUUUAUAAUUUGCCCUUUCUUCGACAAUUAAUUCUUUGUAGUUCGUCAGCACCGUCACCAGUAAAAGCUAUUUUUUAUUAAAUUCUUUUUGAAAAAAUUCUAACCGUUCCAUUUUAAAGUCAGGCACGAAUUCGUGAUAAUCGGCCAAAAUGAAUUUCGGAUUCCAUAUUAGAACGCACGUGAAGAAUAAUAAUCGUAUCGUUGACGUGAGGGGUUUGCGUGUCAGGCCGUGCGUUUCAGACGUGGUUUCGUGCUUGUACAGAAGAAAAGGGGGCGUUGAGCCCGCCGAUACGGAACAAGCACCUUUUCGGCCCUGCAUGCCGUGCUUGUGCUCCUCCCCAGAGGGGGGACUUGCGUGCGUGCGAUGCGUGACCGGGGUCGAUCCGCGAUCGCCAGUGCAGGUCUGUUCACUUUGUUGGGUACAUCUCUGUGGAAAAAAUCUGCCGUGAUGAGUGCGAGCGCGUUGAUAGCAGCUGUGCACAGGAGGAGGCCACUCUGGGACACAGCCGACGCCAACCACCACAACCGACUUCUCAUCAACGCACUUUGGUACGACGUGGGAGCGGAAUUGGGCAUGAACAUGAUGUUGGCAAAAUCUAAGUGGAGAGGACUGAGAGAUUAUUAUAGGCAGCAGUUAAAGAGGAAUUCAGAGCAGCCUGAAGCACCUUUGUCAAAUUGGAAACACUUUAAUGAGAUGGCUUUUGUCGGUGGGACACCAAAUCCGAGAUCUUCCCAAAUAAAAGAAGAAUUCGGCACAUCGCCCACUGACCUGGACAUACACAAUGCUGUGGACCAGGAAUGGCAGGAAGAUGCUUUCACACAAAAUUGGCAAUCCGAGUCUGUCUCGUCUUACAAACGAGACUCUGGGAGUUCAGAUGAAGAUGAUGACCUGCAUUUCUUCAAAUCGAUUAUACCCGACUUAAAGGAUCUCGAAAGGCAGAAGAAAGUUAUACUAAGAAUGAAAAUUCUCAAGUUGAUUCAUGAAGAAUUAUAUGCAGGAGGGAAGCAGAAUGAAGCAAGCAUCUCAGAAAAUGGCAUACCACCUUCACCCCCAAAAAGCUGAAUUUUUCAUUAAUAUUUUAAUUUUAAUUUGUGUGUGUAUAUAUAUUUAUUUUUAUAAAGAAAUUUCAAAUAAAUUUAAGUAGUGUAUUUUGAGGGGGCUGGAACCCAGGCAUGCUUUAUUAAUUUAAACACUUUCUUCCCACCCUUUAUUAAAUUAUACUGGAACUGUUGCUUCAGAGUGAAGAGUUACAUACUCAGAUAUUACACCAAUACAAACUAGCCCCUUCAAGGGAGCAUUCUUGGUACAUACCAUUUUCAAUGCUCAUUUACCAACACAUCCCAACACUAUUAUUACCAUCAGAUGAUACCUCAAUUAAGCCUUCUAACCAGAAUCCGGUACAAGAACCUCCAAAUCCAGGAACAUCAUGAGUUUCUGUUCCAUUCUGUUCCUCCCUAACUUUAUUAUAAUUAUUAUUUAUUUAAUGGCCUUAUGAAUUCACAUAUUAGCCAGCAUAUAUUGUAGAUUGUUUCAUCUUAUAUGUAGUUGGAGGGAAGGGUAGUGUGAAAAAAGGGUCAGGGGCUAUGGUGGGAAUCAAACCGAUGACCACAGGGUCUAUGAGCUGAGAGUCUUAUCACGCUGACCACAUGUCACCUGCAGUCACCCAAAUUUUAAUUUCUGAUUUCCGUUUAAUCAGGUUUUUAUUCACAUUUGUAGCAUCAAAGGGCCAGAUCUGGAAGUUGGGACAUCCUGGCUUAUUAUUACUGAAAAAUGGCAAGAAGGGAGGAAAGACUCA